AUGGUCUAUCCCAAUAAUAAUAAUCCAGGAUAUAAGCUUCAACAUGAAGCAAACUGCUAUGGACUACCAUACGGAUAUUUUGGGCUGGUUUGCUGGGCCCUAUCGAUCCUAGCAAUUUCGUUAACGUACGCCAAUUUCACACUAUUCGCUUGCUGGCGAGGUUGCCAGCCUUAUUAUAAGUCACAGUCAUCAUGGAUGGCAGUUAUCGCAGCCGCUAUGACGUUGGGACCAACCAUUUAUACAUGUUUUCACUGUUCUGGGGAUUUGGCAGUGUUGCUGCUUGCAGUCGGACAGCUUACACCAUGGAGUUUCAAGAUGCUGAAUGAUGGUGCUAGAGGCAGUCAAACAGCAAACGCACCCAUCAAAACACCAUCUCAUUCGAAAUCUUCGUCUACUAAUGUGAAUACUAGUUAUUAUCCGGGAAGUGAAUGUGGUGAUAAUUCUGAUGCUGGUAAUGCUGAAAAGGCGAUUAAAGGACCCACGGAUGCUGACAAGUCAAGAGACAAGUUCUAUACACUUCUAGGAGGAUUU